AUGUUGUACGAGACAGGAUAUUGGAUGGUUAAGAAUCAACACGAGAAUAAAGUCAGGGUAGCAGAGAUGCAGAUGUUGUGUUGGAUGUGUGGUAAGACUAGACAUGAUAAGACUGGAAAUGACAAUAUUAGAGAGAGUGUUGGGGUAGUACCUGUAGUAGAAAAGAUGGUGGAAAAUAGACUUAGGUGGUUUGACUAUCUAGAGAGAAAAUCUGUAGAUUUUGUGGUAUGUAGUAAGGAGAGUAGAUCAAAUGGAGAGGGAGAGGAGUCAGAGGAAGACUUAGAAAAACUAUAA